AUGGCCGAGGCCCGUACUGAUCCGCAGGAGGGGGGCUCGGUCAUCCGUGCCAUCCCGACCUCCGACGUGCACAGGAUCACAAGUGGCCAGGUGGUCCUGGACUUGCAGACGGCUGUCAAGGAGCUCAUCGAGAACGCACUCGACGCCUCGGCAUCCAACAUUGCCAUCAACUUCCGCGACUAUGGCGCAGACUCGUUUGAGGUCAUCGACAAUGGCUUCGGCAUCGACCCGUCCAACUACGCCUCGGUCGCGCUCAAGCACUACACGAGCAAGCUGGCAUCAUUCUCGGACCUUGCACACGUGCGCACGUUCGGCUUCCGAGGAGAGGCGCUCUCUUCGCUCUGCGCACUGGCUAGCGUCACCAUUCAUACCGCCACUUCACAGCAGGCGCCCAUGGGCACGGUGCUCCGCCUCGACCGAUCCGGCUGCGUGGCAGACGACUCGGGUCGCGCAGCCAGGCAGAGAGGAACCACAAUCACCAUCGAAGGCCUCUUCAAGUCGCUCCCUGUUCGACGUAAGGAAUUCGAAAAGAAUCUCAAGAGAGAGUACGCCAAGGCGCAGAACCUAUUGCAGGCGUAUGCCCUCAUAACCAAAGGCGUCCGUUGGACCACUACCAACCAGCCCUGGGGAGGACGCAAGACUCCGCAAUUCAGCGUCAACUCGUCCAGCGCCGACAACUACCUCGCUGCCAACGUGUCUGCGCUCUUUGGAGCCAAGGUGGCUCCGACACUGAUGCCGCUCAGCCUCGAGCUUACCUUCUCCACUGCCCGCAAAGGCCUCGCCGCCGUGCAGAAACGAGGUGUGCAGGACGACGAUGAAGGCGACGAGGAAGAGACCGCGGACGCUGCGUCAACCGUUACUGUCGUGGGCCUCAUCAGCAAGCCCGUGUACGGCUCAGGCCGCACCUCGUCUGACCGCCAGUUCUUCUACAUCAACGGACGACCGUGGGAGGCAGGUCGGGUGAGCCGCGCGUUCAACGAGGUGUACAAGUCGUUCAACUCGAACCACUUCCCCUUCAUCAUCGCGGACUUCCGACUUCCGACCGACUCGUACGACGUCAACGUCAGUCCGGACAAGCGCACCAUCUUCUUGCACGAGGAGAGCCGGCUUAUCGAGAAGGUGAAACAGGCGCUCGAGGAGCUCUUUGCGCCCAGCAGAGCCACAUUCCUCGUCAACGGAGCCAGUCAUUCCCUGCGCAGCGGCGGAAGCAGUGUUGCGGUACAGGCGAAACUCGCACAGUACGCCAGGAGCGGCGCGGCAGCUUCCACGCAGGAGAUGGAGAGGGAGAUGAGCGAGGAAGAGCAAGAUGAACUCUUGCCGUCUCAAAGGUCGAUUGCUACGGUGCAAGAUCUCGAGUAUCGCGAAGACGUUGCAAUCGCCUCCGAAUCGGCUUCUCCGAACGAGGUUCCCGUGGCCGAGGAGGCGGAGGACAGCGAGACCGAGGCUCCUCUGCCGCACGCUCCGGAAGUUUACGCACCUCCCUCCGUGGGAGAAAAGCGCAAGGAGCCGACAACGACAGAGCUGCCGACGAAAAGACGGCGCAGCAGCCAGUCGUCGCCGGAACCAGAGACAGAAGAGGCCUCGCCUGCAUUGGACUCGCCGCCUAGGUCUAGCAAGGGCAUUCGGAGGAACCUGCGCGAUUUCGCGCUUCCCGGCAGCCAGGUCGAUGCGCUCUCACCUGUUUCCAGUGCAGCCGAGUCACACAGCGAGCAAGGCGAGACCGAAGUCAUGGAGGAAGACGAUCUGACAGUGGGUGCGCUCCAUGAGGAGGCGAGUGAUGUUCCGUCGCCGGAACAAUCGGACGCCUUUGACUCGCCACCCAGCCAACCUGUUCUCGCUGAAGCCCGCGCAAAAACCGACGAGAUGGAGGGUGGAGAGACCGUUUCUCUUGACCUGGCCAUUCUGAGGAAUCGUACGCGCCAAUGGCGCGAGCACAAGGCAGCAUCGACUCUGCCAGCUCGUACAACGACACUGUCGGGAGAAGAGCAGCUGCUGCAAGGGGCCGGAGUCGAGAACGCAGACGAGGAGCAGGUGGAGCGCACGCUCUCGCGCGUGAUCCACAAGCAAGACUUUGCGUCGAUGGACGUGAUUGGCCAGUUCAACCUCGGCUUUAUCAUUGCACGUCGACGCACAGAACCCUCUGGCAGCGCAGACGAGAUGGACGACCUCUUCAUCGUGGACCAGCACGCUUCGGACGAAAAGUACAACUUCGAGACGCUGCAGCUGACGACGCAGAUCCGGUCGCAGAAACUCAUUUGCCCGCGCGCGCUCGAGCUCUCGGCAUCCGACGAGCUCGUGGCCAUCGAGCAUCAAUCCACGCUUCUCGCAAACGGGUUCGAGAUCGCUGUCUCCGAAUCAGGGCUACCCGGGACAAGGGUCAAGCUCGUCGCACAGCCAAUUAGCAAGACGACCGUCUUCGGAGUCAAGGAUUUGGAAGAACUGCUUUAUCUGCUACGAGACAUGUCUGCGGGGACGGAGGCUACGCGAGCGGUAAGGUGCAGUAAGGCAAGGAGCAUGUUCGCCAGCAGAGCAUGUAGGAAGUCGGUUAUGAUCGGAACCGCGCUCAAUAAGGCACGCAUGGGCUCGAUCCUCGCCAAUAUGGGCACAAUCGAGCAGCCCUGGAACUGUCCACAUGGCAGACCGACGAUGCGACACUUGGCAUGCCUCCAAACACUCGCAGACAUGAACCCCCAAGGCUGCACGGACGACGAGCCCGACUGGACCGAGAUCCAGCGAUGCUUCGAAUAA